CCAGCAGCUGCCCCCGGCGGGGACCAUGGCGUCCAACCUGGCCGAGGACCUGCUGUGCCCGAUCUGCCUCUCCAUCUUCCAGGAGCCCCACCUGCUGGGCUGCGGCCACAACUACUGCCUGUCGUGCAUCAAAAGCUUGGUCCCCGCCGGCCAGGGCGCGGGGAGCUGCCCGGAGUGCCGCCGCCCCUUCGAGCUGCAGGAGCUGGCGGCCAACCGAGCGCUGGGCAACGUGGCCCAGAAAGUCCGCCGCCUGAAGCUCGAUGGCGAGCCGCUGCCGGCAGCCGCCCGCGACUUCUGCGAGGAGCACGAGGAGCCGCUCGCGCUCUUCUGUCGCCAGGAUCGCGUCCUCAUCUGCGUGGUUUGCCGGGAUCUGCCCUGCCACCGGGGCCACAAGUUCCUGCCGAUCAAAAAUGCUGUGAAAUACGCGCAGUGGAAAUUGAAGCCAAUUCUUAGAAACAUGGAGAAUUUACGAAAGGCCACUGGUGAUGCCGAAGCCUUCCAGCUAGAAGAAAUGUCAGAUAUGGAGUAUUUCACGGAAUGCACCUUGAGUCACAUUUCCAGAGAGUUUGAGGCUCUCCACCAGAUCUUGCGUGAGAAAGAAGAAAGUUUUAAGAAGAGAGUCCAGGAGAUAAGUGAGAGGAACCUGCAGGAUAUGCAAAAUAACGUAGCAUAUCUGAAAGACGAAGUAUCUUCGUAUGCAGAGAUGAUUGCCAGCAUUAAAGCAUCAUUAGAAACCACAGACCAUAUGGCCUUCCUGAAGGGCUUCAAGCAACUGAUGGAUGAGUAAGUUUAUGCAUUCAUAUUUCACCCCUGU